AUGGAAGAAAGAUGGAAGGUGGAUAAAAAGUUGAUGGAAGAAAGAUGGAAGGUGGAUAAAAAGUGGAUGGAAGAAAGAUGGAAGGUGGAUAAAAAGUGGAUGGAAGAAAGAUGGAAGGUGGAUAAAAAGUUGAUGGAAGAAAGAUGGAAGGUGGAUAAAAAGUGGAUGGAAGAAAGAUGGAAGGUGGAUAAAAAGUGGAUGGAAGAAAGAUGGAAGGUGGAUAAAAAGUGGAUGGAAGAAAGAUGGAAGGUGGAUAAAAAGUGGAUGGAAGAAAGAUGGAAGGUGGAUAAAAAGUGGAUGGAAGAAAGAUGGAAGGUGGAUAAAAAGUGGAUGGAAGAAAGAUGGAAGGUGGAUAAAAAGUGGAUGGAAGAAAGAUGGAAGGUGGAUAAAAAGUGGAUGGAAGAAAGAUGGAAGGUGGAUAAAAGUGGAUGGAAGAAAGAUGGAAGGUGGAUAAAAAGUGGAUGGAAGAAAGAUGGAAGGUGGAUAAAAAGUUGA